AUGUUUGCUAAAGGCUUUGCAUCACUCAACCUUACACGUGCUUCCGUCCCAAACAAAGGUCUUUCACCAGUCAAAGGCGUCGCUGGCGCUUUGCCUUCGCUGCUUACGCGUGAUUUCGGCCAUACCCCUAUCCAAUUUAGAGAACGUAUCCGCAUACCGGAAAUCGAUCCUCCAGUGAAGCCAAAGUCACCUUACCUGCGCUACAUGCACUAUCUCAUUGAGGAAGAGAAGAAGUUCAAGCCAUACGCAAAAAUCAAUCCGAUUGAAUUCGGUCAAAAAGUUGCUUCACCUGCAUGGGAAAGCCUUUUUGAGACUCAAAAGGAGCCAUAUGAGUCCGCUUACCAUGAUGCCUACAAGCUUUACAAGCCUGAAGAGAGGAACUGGUGGAUGACCAAGACUUUCUCAGACAUCAGCCACAUCAAUAACAUUCGCAGAGAAUCUGGAGCCAAGCAGCUUUCAAUCCCUGCAGAGUAUCGCAAAGAGAUGAACAGAUCUGAACGUGAAGCUAAGCAAGCCGAUAAAGCUACUAGAACUAAAGGACUCGCUAAUGCUCGCAAUCGUUACAUGUCUGAGAUCAUCCCACAGCUCACCUUAGACCUUGGUGACUCCAAACAUGCAAUGAAAGCUGCUUCUCAAAUGUGGAAGGAUCUCUCAGAGGAAGAUAAAGAGCCAUACCAGAAAGCUUUCCGCAUUGCAAAGGCUGAAAGAGACGCUGAAAGAGAACCAAAGAUCUAA